AUCAGAUCAGACUGUUGCUUAGCUUGCAUAUUUGAUCGAUCUAGCUUUCAGUGUGCAAUACCAAAAAUUGGAACUACAUAUAUAUUCUUACCAUCCAGCAAAUUAAAUUAAAGAUUGGAAUUGAGAGAUAGAUUAGAUGGGUUGUGUUGCUUUAACUUCUCUGAUUAAAACCAUUGAGAUUGAGUUUCUUGGGCAAACACCAAGGGUAAGCCUGUCUCUCCAUCAUCAUCAUCGAGCAGGAAUCGAGUCUUUCCUUGAAAACCUUUCUACUUUGCGAGCCCUUCUCCAGGUAGAAUCCAGUGGUGAUGGUGGUGCACUCAAAGUCAGAGAUUUAGAAAUGGAAAUCAGAGACUUUGCACUCAAAGCUGAAGACGACAUUGAACUACACCUUAGCAACAUCCUUCUCGCUCAUCAACACGGAGGAGAAAAAGCUGCAGCUUGCCAUCAACUCCUCCAUCAAACUUUGCAAGAAGCUGCAAAAAAUGUAACAGACCUGUUAGAGUCAUCAAAAAUGAGUAGUGCUACUGUUGCUUUAACUAUUCUCCUCAAAAAAAUUCAACACUUCCCAACGGUGUUUGGUUGUGAUGGAACAGCAGAAUUCUCACAACAGCUUUAUACACUGCGAGACUGCUUAUUUCAGGAGAGGAAUUCCAAUAUUUCUGGUGCUGGAAUCAAAAUAUUGGAAACCAAAAUCAGAAACUUCGCACUCAAAACUGAAGAUGACCUCCAUACAACAAAAAGACUUCCUUCUAGACAAACACACCAUACAUCAACAAAAACCUUCCCAGAAACUCCGUCACACCUUGCAAGAAGCAGCAGAAAGCGCAAGAGAGUUGUUGAACAUAAUCAACUGUAGUAGAAGCAGCAAUCAAGUUGAUGAUGAUGAUGAUGAUGAGGCAAAUCAAAUUCAACCAUCAAAUACUUGGUUAAAACAUUCUAUCGCUGCGAAUGUUGAGUCUGAUGGAUCCACCUCGUAUGGCUUUAUAAAGCCUGAGGGCAGAAUGGUUGGUCGUGACCAUGAUUGUACAGUCAUAACGAAACAACUCUCUUCUGGUGAUUGUGGACUAAAUAUAAUCUCAAUUAUUGGAAUGAUGGGUAUUGGAAAGACGAAUGUUGCAAGAAAUGUGUAUGAAGAUCUAUCAGUUGCAUCCUAUUUCAAUGUAAGAGGUUGGGUUACUCUACCCCAUCCUCCACACUACAAUAAGAGCAGAAUGCUAAGCCAACUUCUUCAGUCAAUUACACCAGUAGAAGAGCCAAAUGUAAUUAAAAAGGGAAGCACUCCUCAUGAACUACAAAUGCAGGUACUCAAAUGCUUUCGUGGUAAGAAGUAUCUAAUUGUUUUGGACAACAUUAUGAGCCAGCAAACUUGGGUCCAAGCUUGGAUUGACAUCAUGAGCUUGUUUCUUCAAAUGGAUUAGUUGGAAGUUACAUAUUACUAACCACUAGACACAACUUCAACCUAACUGUCCACGCGGGGAGAUAUUUCCAUAUCCGCCAUAAGAUGACUUUGCUAGAUCCAA